CAAUGAUGUUAAAGAAACUUAUCAAACAAAUUCUUGAAAGUCUAAAGGUGCUUCACUGUGGAAAUCCUAAAAUUCUUCACCGAGAUCUCAAACCCCAGAACGUUUUGAUUGAUGUUACUGGGAGGGCAAGAUUAGCUGAUUUUGGCAUAAGCAGACGCUUACUCAAAGGCCAAACAACUUUACGUACACGCAGUGCAGGAACCAGAUGCUGGAUGGCCCAAGAGACUUUAGCAGAAGAAGCAGAAGAAUCUGUGAUAUCAUACAAGUCAAGCACUGACAUCCAGGUGGCAGGCAUGCUGAUUUAUUAUAUCCUGUCUGGAGGCCACCAUCCAUUUGGUGACAUAUCCUUUAAAUGUGAGUCCAACAUUUAUGAUGGGAAGUACAGUUUGGAUCAUGUUCAAGAUGUGGUGGCAAAGGAUCUGAUCGAGUGGAUGAUCAACAAAGAGCCAAAGGAAAGACCCAAAGUAGAAGAAUGCUUAAACCAUCCCUUCUUCUGGACGUCUGAAAAGUAAGGAAGUCAUGCUGAUCGAUGACUGAUAAAUAAUUUUUCCUGAUUACUGGAACAAGUUGGUAAUUUUUGCUGCUCCAGCCAGCCAGAGAAUCCCCCGCCGCCCCGCC